UUCAUAAUCAAGUUUACACACAUUAUCAGUUACUGAUUAGUUGCAGUUCAGUUGAAUUAAAAACCUCAAUGUUGAUAGUGAGGUUUACAAUAAUAUAAAUAUCAUAUACUAAUAAACAUCGUUCAGCAAUUAGUUCACGGACAUGGCAUCUGAAUUUGAGACAUCAGUUUACAAAGGAUCAGACACAACCCAUGACUAUCCUUGUGAAAGUUGUGAUGAGAAUGGUAUAAAUAAUGAGGCAGAUGUUUACUGUGAAAACUGUUCGAAGUUUUUCUGUAACAAUUGUUUGAAACACCAUAAUAACAUGUACAAAAAACACAUCGCGUUUGGAAGACAAAACUCUACAAAGUGGUUUACCACCAAGAGAACCGACUAUGCAUUAGAGCUAUGUCAAGACCACAAGAGUGAGACGAUGCAGCUGUUAUGUGAAGACCAUGAUCAGCUGCUGUGCACAGUCUGCCACGUGUACAGCCACCAACAAUGCCAUGUGAAAUUGAUAUCUGAUGUUGUGACAUCACUAAAACAUAAAGCAGAUGUUGAGAAGUUGACAGCAAAACUUGAAACUUUACAUGGAAAGUUGGCACGGAAGAAGCAAGCCUUAGAGGAAAGUAUACAGUCACUUGAAACAUCCUACAAUAAAAUUCUGGAAGAAAUCCACACUUUAAGAGAGGAAAUCAAUGAAUAUUUGGAUACACUGGAAAGUUAUACUGUCACCGAGUUAGACGCUUUACUUUCGGAUGCAAGGACAUCUCUUCAGGAUGACAUCCUGGACUGUAAACAGGUCAUUGAGGACAUGAAUGAUGCCCACCAUAAUAUGCAACGUAUAACCAGCAAGAGCGAUACUUUACAAUUUAUCACGUACAAAGAUUGUCACAAGUAUUUGGUAAAGGCAAAAUCAAUGAUAACAAGAAUUGCUGGCAAGAAUGAGGUUACAAUAGAGUUCCAACCUGAUGCUGAUUUCACAGAGACUCUAUCAACUCUUUUAGGAUUAGGAAAAGUAUACCACGUGAGGCAAUCAUCAACUGAGCCUAGCACGAAAUCUUACCCAAAAAUAUAUGAUCCAGUAAACUGCUCAUCUCAAUACGCUGACAUUGAACUCUUAAGUGAUGUUAACAACACAAAAUCCAUUUCAAUCAGCCAGUCCGCCGAUGAUAGCAAAACAAGGGAUGUGAACAGGCCAAAACUGGUGCUCAAUCCAGAAUACAGCUCUACCAGUCACAUUGACCAUGGAAGCAAAACUAUCGAUGUUACCAAGCAAAAACUGAUCUUCAAUCCAGUAUCAAGUUCUUCCCGUCACAUCGACCAUGAUAGCAAAACAAGUGAUGUGACCAAGCCAAACAAGGUGUCCAAUCCAGAAUCAAGUUCUAACAGUAACCUUGGCAAUGGUAGCAAAACAAGUGAUGUAACCGAGCCAAAAAUAUUGUCCAAUCCAGAAUCAAGUUUUACUAGUAACCUUGACAAUGGUAGCAAAACAAGUGAUGUGAACAAGCCAAAAGUGGUGUUCAAUCCAAAAUUAAGUUCUACCAGUAACCUUGACCAUGGUAGCAAAAUAAGUGAUGUCACCGAGCCAAAAAAGGAGUCCAAUCAAGAGUUAAGUUCUAACCGUCACAUUGACAAUGAUAGCAAAACAUGUGAUGGUACAAAACCAAAAAUGGCGGCCAAUCAAACAUUAGGUUUUAUCCGUCACCUUAACCAUGGUAGCAAAGCAAGCGAUGUGACCGAGCCAAAACUGGUGCCCAAAUCUGCAUCAAGUUUAACUAGUCAACUUGAACAUGUUAGCCUUAACAGUGAUUUUAACAAGCCAGCGCCACAGUCUGAUCAAGACUACAUCACACUUGAGGGAAUAACAACAGAGUAUUCAGUUACAAUGAAACGUGAUUUAUACGUAUCCGUUAUAACAGGUAUCUGCGAGACAGCUUCCGGGCAAUUCCUCAUCACAGACUUUUCCAACAAGAAGGUAAAGCUGCUGGAUCAGUGCUACAAAGUGGUUGCCCACUGUGACAUGCCUGAUAGGCCACUGUGCAUAUGCAGUAUUGGCUCCAGCUUGGCGGCUGUUGCUGCAUAUGCAUCUAGCAAGUCAAUUUCGAAAAAACUAAUCAUGUUCAUCAGAGUGAAAAAUGACAAGAUUGUUAUUCAAAAGAAGCUAAAGCUCAAACAUGAAUGUAAAUGCAUAGCAUACCACAAAGGCAAUUUGUAUAUAACAUCAGGUCGAGCACUGUUCCUCUACACUGAGGAUGGAACAUUGGUGUGGAAGAUGUACGAGGAUAACUCUGGCAAUACAAACGAAACGGUCACGGCAUGUGCAGUCAGUCCAAAUGGAGACAGGAUAUAUUUGACAAAUGAUCACAGUAACCAUUUGAUCACGCUGUCCACCAUCCACUGCACAGUGAUCUCCAAACUGGAUUUAAACGUACUGAAGAUGCGUUCUGAAUUAGCCCAACCUGUCCUUUAUGGCCUCCAUGUAACAGCCAUGGGAAACGUUCUGGUGUGUGGGGGCUUGUCUUCAAACUCAAUUGUCCAGGUGGACAAACAUGGGAUAGAGGUUCUGGCAACGGUGGUGACUGAAGAGGAUGGAGUCAAAAGUCCGACAUCUGUCUACUUCAGUCAACAAACUGGCUCACUGAUUGUGGGAAUGUGGAACAAGGACAGCAUUCUUGUGCUUAACAUGAAGUAUUUAAAUAUUUGAAAUGGCAAUUUAUUCUGCAAUAUUUAAAUGGCAUAUGGCUUGAUAUGAAAUGUCAAACAUAUUUUUUAAUUUGUGUAAGUCAAACUAUAUGAUUUCACCUAUACCACAACCACUGAAAAUUGUAGAGCUUGUACAUUAACCAUAAGUGUGUCAAAAAACGACGUCAUUUCACAGUAAACAGUGUUCGAAACAGUGAAAUAUAGUUUUCAAAUUACUGAGAUUUCCCUAUAAAUCAGAGAAAGCCAUUAAAUAUGUUUUGUGUGUACAUGAUGGCUAGAUUGCUUUAAAUGUAUGUUAAUGCUCAGUUGAAUUAUCCGAAGGGAUAUUAAAUAAUUAUAACUCUCUGAUAAUACUCCUUUAAUUGACGUUUCGGCAUAAUGCCUUUAUCAAAACAUUGGAAAUUAUAUGUUAACUACAUUUUUACGUCUUUUGACUGCACAAUUUAAAUAACAAAGAAAAAUGUUUUUAAACGUCAAAUGACGUUGUACAUGAUGACGUCAUAAAUGGCGUUAUUUAAAAUGGCGCCAAAAAAUGUAAAAA